AUGCACCGACUCUGGGCCCUCGCCCAGCGGCCCCGUCUCCCAUGUAGAACACUGCACUCGACCACUGUUAAAAGCGCUGCUCCUGCGGCGGAGGCUAGCUCGUCGACGGCUGCGGCAAAGUGGACGCCGACGUCUGUGCGUACAGGUGUAAUUGCUCGCAAACGAGGCAUGCUGGUGAUGUGGGAUGACCAUGGCGCUCGGUUCCCAGUGACGGUUCUCCAGCUCGAUAACUGCCAAGUCACGGCGAACGUCGAGACCGUCCGGAAAGACGACUCGGAGUACCAUGCGGUCCAGGUUGCAGCGUCCGACAGGCGAGAAAAGACCACGACAAGGCAAAUGCUCGGACACUUCAAAAAUGCUGGCGUGCCUCCAAUUACUCCAGAUGCACACGUCCCCGUCGGGACAACUCUCUCAGCUAUCCAUUUUGUGCCUGGGCAGCUUGUCGAUGUGGUUGCCAAUUCGUACGAUUGGCAAGGGUUUCCAGGGCACAAUGAAGCGGUGGAACUUCAAGGGCUUCGGGCUAGUCAUGGUGUGUCCGCCUCGCAUCGUGCAGCAGGUGCCAUCGGUGCCCACCAGGACCCGGCCGUGUUGGCCUGGCAAGAAGAUGGCUGGCCAUAUGGGAAACAAGCGAAAGACCACUCAAACCUUGCCGUUGUACGCGUCGACAGCGAGCUGGACCUCAUCUUCGUGCGCGGUUGUGUGCCGGGCGUCGACGAUGCGCACGUCAUGGUGCGAGACGCCAAGAAGAAGAUGGUGCAGACAGCACAACAUGAGUACGCGAAGGGGAACAUGGAGAAGAUCUUGCCAAGGGAGUUGGCUGCGCAGCUUCCCCCGGUUAUCGAAGCACCGACACUUCGUCGGAGUCCGUUUGUCCCUCAGUCAUAG